GAGGCACGUUUUUCCUCGUGCAGCAGCAGCAUGUACACUUAGUGGUGGUUGUGUGAGGAGAUGUCUGUGGAGAUGGUGGAGCUCUCAGUGAAAGCAUCAGAGUCGGUCCGGCCCGCCGGGAUCCUGCAGCAGAACCGCGUCUUUCUCGACUUCUUCUGGGACUUGGCCAAACCGGAUCAGGAGGUCCGGCUGAAGGCGGUGGAAGACCUGAUCCAAUAUCUGAAAACCAACAACAAGGCAGAUGAGUUGGAAUACACCUUUAAAAGGCUGGUGGAUGGACUGGGACACACACGAGAGACUGUGAGACCUGGAUUCAGUGUGGCUCUGGGACAGGUCUUGAGUGCCUUUGAAGACGUCUCUCUGCAGAGUAUACUUGACAGAAUCAAAGAAAAGCACAAUUUGCAGACAGUGAAGAAGAAACUUGCCAGAAAUGCUAUGUUUGGAAACUUGUUUGGUGUCCUCGCCCUUCAUCAGUCCAGCCGCCUCUCUAAAGAGCCGCAGGUGGUGUUGGGAUGUGUGCAGCUCCUCCAGAGCCUCACCCAGCACAAACAACACCUGAAGGACCUGCCCAGUAAGACCAUGAUGGACAUCCUCACCGAGAUCCCAGAGGAGGUGUUUGAGGAGGUCCUGCUUAGCGCUCUGCAAACUGACCUGGCAUCAGCCUUCAGCACCCCAGAGCAGAUGCAGCUGCUGCUGGUAGCACUGCAGCGCUUCCCACAAACCCUCAAACCCAAGAAACUGAAGAAGCUGCUGGGCUCCUCGACCAUCAUCAACGAUGACAACAUCCCAAAGCUGACAGAGGUGUUAAAGAUGGCGGCCCGCUCGGUGAAGAAAGAGUGCGUCCUCCCACCGGUGGUCCUGGACCUCCUGAAGCUCUCACUGAAGGAGGACAGCUUCCAGCUCUUCUGGAAGAAAGCCAUCAUCGACGGCAUGUUGAAGGAGCAGCCUGGGCCAACUCACUACCUGAGCUUCCGUCUGCUGGGCAGUGCCCUGCCUUUUCUGUCAGUAGCCCAGCUGAAGGAGGUGUUGUCUGGAGAGGUGAUGAUGCACUACGGGGAACACGUGGUGUGUGCUCAGAAACCAGACCGCUUCAAGCUGGCUCCAGAGAUGGACAUCUACGUGUCGAACUUCUUGCAGGGCUGUCAGGACUCAGACAAACAGCUGGCAGUGAUGGUGGGCUUCUCCUCGCUGACCAACCAGGGUUACCCUGUGGUGCCGUCGGUUUGGAGGGUGGUGCAGCACCUCCAGCCUGCAGCUCUGCAGAGCUACGUGGACUGGCUGAAGAAUAUGUUCCUACAACCUCAGCUGGACAAGCUGCUGAAUUUCAACACUCGCAAGCAGAAAGACAGUCAGGAAGGACGGGAGCAGAGGGAGCACUCCGUGUCACGCCUGAGGAAGUGGAUUGUAGCUCGGCUCACCUCAAUCAUUGACAACCACCAUGUGAAGAAGCAGGAGGAUCUCAUCAUGGAUGUGGCCAGGUUUGUCUUUUUCCACGCUUUCUUCAGUGCCAAGAAGGCCUCGGCCGACAUUGCAGAGACGAAGGGGAAGCUCUCCGUCCCACUGGAUGAUAAAACCAGAGGAGUGCUUGUCAGUUCUUUCUUUGGGCUCCUCCUGUCCAUGCACCACAUGCCCCUUGCUGAGGACUCGCCUGAAGGUGCAGUGGUCAACCAAAAGCGAGCACUGGGUGUGACGGCUGAUGGCACCAUGUGGAUCUACCACCUGAUCCAGUAUGCCCAGGUCCUGCUUAACCAGCCAAAAUGUGUCCAGAGCAGCCAGCCUUUCAGCCCUGAGCAGAGACAGGCCUGGGACAGCAUGCUGGAGUCUGUGGCAAACCUGAAGAAGAAAGCAAAGAAAGGCCAAACAGCAGAGAGCGGCGCCUUCCAGCAGCUCUUCCUGUUGGUCGGCAUGCACCUCUUCAAGGCCCCUGAGGAACUGCUGGACAUCAUGAAAGACCUGCAGAGCUGUAUGGACAAAGCCCAGGAGAAGAAAUCCAAGAAGAAAAAAAAGAAACAAGCCAAAGAGCAGGAGGAGGAGGAACCUGAUUGGGUGGAGGUGAUGGUGGACAUCUUGUUGUCCCUGCUGUCCCAGCCGAGCCGCCACAUUAGGGAGGUCUGCAAAACCGUCUUCUCCUCCAUCUGCCCCCAUGUUACUGCAGCAGCCCUCACCGCCAUCUUAGAUGUUUUGGACCCAGAGAAAGAGGACGAGGAGGACAGUGCUGUGGUAGUCACUGACGACGCCACCAACAAAGCCCACAAGAACAAAACAAAGGAGGAAGAUGACGAGGAACAUGAUGAGGAAAUGGAGGAUGACACGUCAGAUGGAGCAGAUGAUGACUCCGACAAGGAUGAGGAAGAUGAAGAAGAAGAAGAAGAAGAAAAAGAAGAAGUGGAUCAAAAUUUCCGUUUAGAGUUGAUGAAGGUGUUGCAGCAGCAGAAUGCUCUGGCCACAGAGGAGGAUGGCAGCAGUGAUGAAGAUCUAGAUGAUGAAGCCAUGAUGGAGCUGGAUAAGAGCCUGUCAGCGCUGUUCUCAGAGCAGAAGAAAAAGACCCAGGCCAAGAAGGAUGAGAAGACGAAAUUACAGAAAGAGAGGACGCUGGUCCGAGACUUUAAGAUCAAGGUGUUGGACCUCAUUGAGGUGUUCGUGGCCCGGCAGGCUGGCAGUCCUCUCGUGUUGGGCUUGGUGGAGCCACUGCUCAACAUCAUCGACAGAGGAAUGAGCUCUGGCAGCGAACAGCAGGAGCAGGACUUCCUCCGCAGAGCAGCACACAUCUUCAGGAACCAGCUGUGUAGGUCCAAGGUUUACUGCAAGACUGUUGGUGACAGACAGGGGGAGCUUCAUGACCUGCUGGACAAACUGAUGACGAAAACCCAGAAACUGUCCGACUCCUCAGUGUGCCUCUACUACUUCAGUGCGUCUCUGUAUUUGAUGAAAGUGCUGCGAGGAACUCCUCCGACUGACACCAAAGAGGAGCAGGCAGCUCAGAAAACCGCUGAAAACGACUUGAGAUUUGUGGGGAACAUGGAUGUGGAUCGGGUCUCUGCCAUCUUCAGAGAGGCUCUGACCUCCUUCCUGAACAAGAGGAAGAGCCCUCUGACCUCUCAGAUGUUCACAGACCUGUUCACCAGAUUUCCCGUUUUGUGUGUGAAUCUGCUGGAUACAGCGGUGCAGCACAUCACAUCUGGGGUCAGAGGACACCAGCAGGGCCAAGCGUGUGUGUUGGUGUUGCGGGCGAUGCAGAGCAGGGAGGUUCAGCAGCUGCUGAGCGGCGCUCCGUGGACGGAGCUCUGUGCGAAGGUGGCAGGUCGGCUGGCAGUGAGUCUUCAGCAGGUUGAUCAGACUGAGAGCAAGGUGGUGAGGGAGAAGGUGGUGAAAACCCUGGAGCUCUGUCAGUUCCUGGUCAAGCACGUUCGCCAGCAGAAGCUGUCCGUGAACCUGGAGCCCCUUCAGGAGGUCCUGCAGCCCCUGACCAGUGUCAUCACUUUCAAGAAGACCGGGAAGCUGGAGGACACCUACUGGGCUGUGAUGAAACACUUUGGAGUCAUGAAACCCAAAGUUGAAAAGACAAAGUCUGACAAGGAGGCCGAGCAACAGCCAGCUUGCAUGAAGAAGAAGAAAGGCUUUCUACCAGAAACAAAAAAACGUAAAAAGCGCAAGAAGCCUGUUUUAGAGUCAGCAGCAGAUCAGUCAGGCCCCACAGGCAAACCAGGGGCAGACAAAGGACAAGCCAAAGAAAAACAUGACAAGAAAACAAAGCAGAAACGACCGGCGGAUGGCGCGACGGCCUCUCAGCCCAACCCAGCCAAGAAGAGCAAGACACAGUCACAGUCUGAGAGCAAGACAGAGAAAAAGAAGAAGAAGAAGAAGAAGCCCAAACAGAAGAAAGAGGGAGGAGGGCAAAUGUAAAGUGGACACUUCUAUUUUUAAUGGACACAAAGAAGUUUUUGUUAAUUUUCUUUUAAGGAAGUUGUGUUUUCCUCUGUUAAUUUUUCUACUGUCUGUGCAGUAGAAACCUGGCCUUUACCUGGCUGUGAGUUCACUUCUGGCUAUAUGUUGGUAUGUUUCAGUGUGAGAUAGAUCCAUAUUGAAAACUUCAGUUAUGUGGGAAGUGAAUGAAGAAACAUUAUUUUUCUAAUGUGCGGUUAUUGAUUUAAAAAGAUAUAUAUCUACUACAAUAAAUUGAUUUCUCUUCCCAGAAAUCCUUCACAACCCUGCUCUUCAAUCGGCUUUGUUACACAGCACUAAUAAGAAAUGUUAGUGAAAUGUAAAAAAUAACUAGCUUUAACUAACUUUUAUUAUUGUCAACAAAUUCCACGAAAAGAUCAACAAAGAGUGCGUUUCUCAACACUUUCUGACUUUCCCAGAGUCCACUGUUUCCUACUGAAAACACAAAUACAUAGUAUUUUUUGCCAGCAGAACAGUGAAUGUGAGGUUGACUCAAACUACAGUGGUCCCAUUGGUAGUGAUGGAACAUGUCAGCCCGCCUGCCGAACUUAUUCAUUGUUACAGCAGGACCUAUGAACCGUUACUGAAAAAUCUGUGUCAGAUUUCACUUCUCUGUGUCGCAUGGAUGUACUGACAGAAAUGCAACCCCAUCACAAAACAUUAUUAGGAAAAACGUCACAAGCCUUUGCACAGGAUUUGAUGUUGCAAGCCUUUGAGCUGUAAACUGAGGUGAGCAAUCACACAGAACCCUAAUUCACCUGUCGGAAAAAUGAUGUAGUGUCCCACAAAUGGAUUACUAUACAGGACAUGCAGCCAUGCAGCCAUAAAUCUACAGGAUUGUCAGGCAGGCAGCAGACCCAUCCAUCAGUAAUCUCAUCUUAAAGCCCUUCACUGCAGGAAUCUUCAGUGGUGGUUAUCAAUAGGAGCCAUCUUAACAUUCAUAAUACAUGAUAUUUGUUGUUUUGUCCUGUACUAGAAACAACUACGUGCUACAGUGCUGAGUACUGUGAGGACAGAGGAGCCAUGAUGUGCAAUGAGUUCAUACAUGGCAGGUAAGAUGACCUGCCUGUAUGGUGGUGUGUUGUCCUAAUAUCAGAGUUUUAAUUGUAGACUGUAUAUAAAUACAUAUCAUAUAUAUGUAUGUGUGUGUGUAUAUGUAUAUAUAUAGUUAUAUCUACAUAUACAACACAUCUAUAUACAGUCUAUGGUUGUAAUCUGUAGGAAAACAGCAUCCCUGACUUGAAUCAAUUAAAUGUGAAUCUGUAACUGCUCUAAUCAAUAUUCCUCAGUUCAUCACAUGAUUACUUGCAUGUGAAAGGGGUAGCUUGUUGUAACAAACCCCCAUUUUCCCUCAUCUCCACAUGGCAAUUUUAGCUUCUUUCAGCUUUUUUUUGGGCCCACAACUUUACUGUUUUGAUUGAGUCUCUCUUCUCUACUCAACCUUGUUUCCAGCAGCUGUUUUGAGCAAAAAAGGCUGAGAUAAACCCACUGUACACCAACCCCUCAGCACCAAAGAGCAGACAGAUAAUAUUAGAGACUAGCUGAGGAACAUCAGCAGACAGAUAUUUCCCUCAGGACUUGGUAGAGACCAAAAACAGAGCUAAAAGAGAGUGAAUGUUGGACUUGUGUUCACUCGGUUUCCAGAAAAACGACUCCAAAUGAGUGAUGCCUCAGAUCUGCUGGAUGUGUAACUAGGCAACAAUUUGCUAACACGUUUUUAAGGUAAUAAUAUAUCAGUGUUGUGUGUGUUGCUGUCAUGGACCCAGAGGGAUAAUC